AGAGCAGCUAACUUCAUGCUGGCGCAUGAAGACGUGGCUCGUCCUGACUUUGGCGCGGAGUCAGGCAAGCCUUCAGACGCAGCGGGAAGAAUGGUGGGCUGCAGGCCACACGCAGAUGAAUGUUUGGGAUCACUCGUGGCUGACUCCCAGACUCGUUUGCGGCUUCCGGUUCAUGCGGGUACCUCCAGGCAUAAGCCUGGACAAAGGCAUCUUUUUGCCCAUCACCGUGGGAUCAGAGGAAAGCGCAAAUCAGAGUGGCCAAGUCCCGGUGGCAGAGAAGCUGAUGCUCUGGACCUUCGAUGGCACCGGAUUUCAAGACCGGGCUGUGCAGUACUUCGCAGGGGGGGUUCCCCCCAUGGAGGACGUGUGGUUGUUGGCGCUGGUCGCAGCGGUGCCGGCCACUUUCACCAGCAAUGUGAUGUCCGGUAGCGACAUGAUGGAGUUGCAAUGUGCUGCCAUGGUGCUGCUUUCCAGCUACAUCUACGCGGAGUACAUGGCCAUGUUGGUGCCUCCCGCCGUGCUCCUGAAGUACUUCCAGCACACCUGGGAGGUCCACACCCGCGCCGGCGCGGUGGAAUCUGCCAGCGAGAUGCUGGUGCACUUCGCCUCCUUUGAGCCCCUGGAAAGGGCGAUGCAGCGGUUUCAGGGGGUCUUGGAAGCGCGAAGGGCGGCCUUCGCGUGUGCCUUCGCGGACGACGACUGCCCCCCUGCUGCGGCUCCUUUCGGCGGCACGCCUGUGACUCGCCCGCUGGUGGACGUCGUGGUCACACGCUGCGCGGAAGACCUGAGCUGGCUCGCGGCCUGGCUCGCCCGGAUUCUGCGGGACGAGUGGACGCCGGAAGUGGCUGGCAUGCGGGUGAGGCUGGUGAUCUACGAGAAGUGCCCAUCGGGCGCGUCCAAGAACCAGGAACUUGAUGGGCAGCAGUUGCUGGACUGGAUGCUUCGCCUGGGGGUGAUACAUCCAGGAAGCACAGCCAUAGAACUUACCGAACCAGAAGGCUUCGAGAAUGUGGCUUAUGUGCAUUACUGCAUGACAGCGAAAUGGAGAGAUUCUGAUUUUGUGAUUUUCCUCCACGGGUCGCCCUUUGACCACACCAAUGAGAGGAUGCUGGACGAUGUGCUGAGGUCUAUGGCGCAGGGCACCUAUGGAGUACCUUUCGUGCAUCUGAACAUCAAGCGCCUGCCGCGAGUGGCGGUGGAGCCCUGCUUGCAGGCUCUCAUCAGGCCGGCCCUGGCAGCCUGGCAGGCGGAGAGAUCGCAGGGCAUCCUGGAGCUUCCGUUCGACAUGUCCACGUACUGCUGCACCCAAUUCGUGGUUGCGCGGCAUCGCUUGGAUGGGGUUCCAGAUGCCUUUUGGCGCGCAGUAUGGAGGUCCCUGCACCAGCGCUUGAGCGUGAAUGGUACCGCUGUGGAGGGUCUGCAUACGGCUUGCAGGCUUCCAGCCCAGCGAGUCUACGAGCAGCGCACCCAGAGGAAUGGGCAUACGCCAGUUGCUGACUAUGGCCUUUGGGGCGAAGUCUUGGAGCGAGCCUGGCACUGGAUCUUUGGAGAGGACCCGGUGCUCCCUUCCCGCGAGGCGGAUACCCGGCUGCCGCUGUUUCUACGGAUUCCCAGGGUCCGCACUGAUGCGGAAGGCGGACCCCGAGGAACAAUCCUGGACCGUGUGUCCAUCCCUGAUUGGGGCUUCGAUCCUGGGUUCUGGGGGCUGCCACCCAUCAUUGCCAACGUCACGGGCCAGGCCACCACACCAUCGGCAUCACCAAUACCCACGUCGCAUUUCGCGAGGACAGCCAGACCAAAUUGGCGCCUUCCAGAGUGGGCUGAGUUGUGGUUACAGGAAGACGCGAAAAGAAGGCAACGUGUCGCAGCACGAACAGCAUCACAUGUUCCAGUCGGUUUUUGUAGUGCUUUUGCCUUCCAAGCUGCAUGUUGA